GGGGGGGGGGCGGAGGAGCGCGUCGCGAAUGUGGGCGAAAGAGCGCGCGCAACGGCCCCCCGUACACACGCGCACGCACGCACGCACACACACACACACACAGAGCCCCGGGGUGCUGCCGCGCAGCGCCGCGUGCCCAAAAGCACGAGCGCACACAAACAGCCGGAACCCGCCCAAAGCGGCAGCCCGGCUGUGUUUGUCGCCGCCGCCGGGCGCUGGAAUGGUGUUUGUCGCCUCGCGUGCAGGAGAUGAAGGAGAAGAAAGAAUGGUGAGGAGAAAGCGGUCCAAAGACAGAAAGAGGUGGUGGAGGAUGAGGAAAAUGGAGCUGAAGAGGAUGAGGAAGAGAAUCCUGAGGAUGUGGAUGAAGAGGAAGGUGGCGAUGAGGAUGACGAAGGAGACGAGAAUGGGCAAGAGCAGGAUGGUCAUGCAGAAAAACGAUCUGCAGAGGAGGAAGAGGAUGAAGUGGAUCCAAAGAGACAGAAGACAGAGAAUGGGUCUUCAGCUUGAGUCUUCCCCUUCCAUCUCCUCUGUUCCGUCCAUCUCUCCUCCUCCAUUCCAGCCUGUGCUUGCACUGUCCAUUAGCCUCUGGCUUCACACAAUCUCAGAUGAGGAAAGGUUAGAAAUGCUCUCAAGCAGGGAGGACAGCAGUUUCCUUCCCACCCGAAGGUCCCAGCCCAUCUACGACAUUCCCCACUUGGAAUUAUUCCAGUCCCCCACGUCCAGCUGUGCCCCACUUAAAAACGAACCUCUUCCCUCAAGAAUCUCAUUGUUUCCCAUUGUGACCCAGUGCAUAACCUUACCAGGCCCAUAUGCCAGGCUUUUCACAUGGCAAGCACCUACCAUUCCUUUUCACUUGCCCUCCCUUUUUUUCACUAGUAUGAGUGAGAUUCUUGGCAGCUUCUGCUCCCGGGACCUGCUGUCAGAUAUUCUCCCUGAGUCCAGGAGGCUGCAGGCACAGAUCUCAUGGUGCAUUUUCCAGUCCUAGGCCUCCUCUCAUCUGCUUUCCCAUUGAACCCUGAGAGACAAAGUAUUACAAGCAAAUAACGGUUCUAUUAAACCAUACACAGAGAUGGGAUUUAUCUUAGGUUUUUUUUUUUCAAGUUUACAUGACAGACAGCAAGCUGGCCCUCGUGAAUUUUUCAGAAGAUAAGGGUUGUUUUUAUAUACGAAUUUCAUCAUAACUGCAUAUUUUUUUAAUUUGGAGGCUUUUUUAAAACAAAUCAAGAGAUACAUAAAUUGGGGACCAAACUUUGAUUUCCAUUUUUCCCUUUAGAUUCUCUUGUGACCAUUUUUUGUAAAUUAAAGGCAAUAUAGCCACAGCAUUUUCUAUGGCACAGACAUCACGAGGAUGAUAGAUAUAAAUAUAUAUAUUGUUUUCAACUAGCACUGUAAAUAAAAGCGUUUAAAAAUA